ACGAGUUCCAACAUGUUUCAGUUUGGUAUGUAAGAGACUCUCGGGUGUGUUAUCGCGAUAUCUUGUUUAAUGAAGUAACUAUUCGGAAUCGCUAAGAUUUCGUUUAAAAAAUAAUCAUCGCCUCGGUCUUUAUAUAUACAAUAACUGUAGAUAUUGAGAAACUGAUUAGAGUGAUUUUUCCUGAAAGAAAGUAUUGUAGUAACUUCGGCCAAUAGGCAGUGACGUGAUAGGCGGGAACCGCAGUGAAGGGUCUAUGUGUGAUUGUGUGUAGAGUGGAAUUCAGCCUACGCUACUAGCCUACGUGAAAGACGGUAUCUUGUGUGCGCAUACGUUUCCCCCGAGGCAUCUACGCUGCUGCACUAGCGUACGAGGAUAGCCAGAGUACGGUGGACCUUGAAUUCAGUCGGUUCUUUUUAAUCUCUUACAGCGGCGUCCGGUCAGCUAUAAAAUAAAAAUGAGUGUGGCCAAUAUGAACCUACCGACCGGUCCGUUUCGUUUGGGCUGGAAAAGAAAGGCGUCGGAUGAUGAGGAUGAGACAGUGGAUUUACAAUCAAAGAAGGCAAAGUGCUCAUGGUAUGUGACUCUACAGAGCGAAUCACCUCAACCAUCUGAUGAGGAUAAUGAGUCAAUAUAUAGUUUCCAGGAAAAAGAAACUGACAGUGCCAAAGAUACCUCAGACACUUCGACGCAUACCUGGGUCAGCAGUAGUGAACAUGGGGAUGUGUCUGUGCACUUAGAGUAUGAAGUGGACUCUCUGUCAGAGGAUGCAAAUCCUUUUGCACAGGACACAUCAUCUUCCGAUCCUGAGGACAUUAUGGCGAUUGGUGUACUAACUGCAAUCUGUGAUACGGAUUUGGGUCUAGCUGCUGACAGCGAAGAUUCUCGUAGUUCCAUCGACAGUGAAAUUGGUCGAGCUGACUACUGGACCUGCGUACAGUGCAACGCGGACAACAACAACCCGUUGUUUCGUUACUGCGAGAAGUGUUAUCAGACAUGUUGGCUGUGUCGAAGGACCAAGAGAUACCCUUGUUUCACAUUAUGCCAAGGUUGCUAUAAGAUACGUAAGAAUUUCUUUCCACCAAGGCCAAAAAGAAAAAAACAUCGGCCACGUCGUGACCUUUCCAAGAGUAGCAGGACCAGCUUGACGUCGAGGGAGGACUCGAAGGAGGAGCUAACGAGUAUGGACUCCGGUCUAGGUUCCAGUCAAGAAACAAAAUGUUCCCUAUCACUGGAGCUUGAUUUAGACAAGGUAACACGACCAAACCAGAGCGAAACACCCACAUCGUCAGCCUCGUUGUCGUCAAAAUCGGUAGACACCGUUGAUAGUGGCUUUCCAAAUAUAAACUCGGUGUUCGGGUUGGAUUUUACGUCGGGCGCGGAUUUCUCGUCGGGUGACAGCGACAAGUUAACAAAGGAGACAUCAUCGUCCUCCUUGUCAACCUCGACCUCGACCUCGACCUCCGACGCCGGGACUAAAGAGACUGUUCGGGAGAGCGCGCUCGAGAAAAACGUAAAUGAACACGAUACGGAAUCCGGAAUUGAGAGGUCCUCUUCGGCGAGCGACGGCGCCAAGGAGUUUCUUGCUAUUGAAGAUGCCGUUCAACCUAUCCCAAGUCGCAAGAGAAAGCUGUCCAAUGUGUCGCGAGAUGAUGCCGACACCGAUGAGGUAGAUUGUAUAUCGAAAAUCAAGAAAAGAAAAGGCACUAGAGUAGAAUCGGGCGCUGAGAGUAAACAGUGUCUCAUUUGUACUGUCGCAAUUAAAGAUGGCGUCUUUGUUCACGGCAGUACAUCGCAUAUAUGCUGUUGUUAUCGCUGUGCGGUAAAAGUUUGGCGCACCAAUGGACGCUGUCCGAUUUGCAAUCGUAGAGUAACGAAUGUAAUUAAAGCAUUUUUUAUGUAAACUUUAAAUAUUCGGAUCACCGUAACAGGAAGGAUAGGUACAUUUUUUAUAGAAAUUUAACAAUUAUUGAAUGACUUAUGUGUUGCAAUUGAUACAUGGUAGUUGAGAGCCUGAUGAAUUUAUUAAUGGUAUGCAUAGAGCAUAGGUCGUAGAUAGGAGCAUAGACUUCAUCUUCAUACAAACCACUGGUCCACCAUCAUCUAUUGUACAAUAAAACGUCUUCCCCUUCUUUAUGCUUUGACUCAACAUGAUCAAAAGCAUUGUAUGAUCGCUUUUAUGUGCCACUAUGAUAUUUUCUUGUACACAUACAAUUGACAUUUAAUGUCGAAUCCUGUUUGAGAUUCGCUCGACUAGGCUAGGUCGUAAAAAUUGCAACAAGAUAAAUGCAACAGAUUUAUAUUAGGAACGUGCAAGCUCGUUCGAUUCUUGUCGAAUCGACGUUUCGCAUCAUCCAAUUUAGUAUUUUGCCUUUUUCUCCGGAUAGUAGUCGCACUGGAUUACUAAUUACUUGUCCUGGAGAAGAAACGGGUGGUAUUAUAAUAAAAUUCGCGUAUUCCAAAUGCAAUUAGCAAUAGUGUGUUGCUGCAUUUGCGAUAACGCGGGAGCGAGGAAGAAUAUAAAUAGAAAGCGAAGGAAAUGUAUAUUUUUUUAACAGUUGUCAAAAUACGCUUGCUCAUUAUAGUCUACCGUAGUCUUACAUAGUAAAGUUUGUUCAUUCGGUGUUGCGAAUUUACAAUUGCGAAUUUUUCUGGUAAUAAAAUGCAUAAAUGUUGCAUAUAAACCCUGUACUAAUUAACUUGUUAAGUUUCGUCGCAAUUAAUAGAACCAAAAGGAAGAAUUAAAAAUGAACUAACAGUAUUCGUACAAGCACAAGAAAACUUCGAUGUGUUCCCUAGCUUAAAUGAAAGAGAACGAAUACAGAAAUUAAAAACAUUAGCUCAGUCCGUCGAUACCUUGUACGUAAUAAAAAUCCGUGCCUUUUAAAUCAUUAA